UAUGCAAUCGAUAACUUCAUUUUUUUUAUAUCUGCACUGCAUAUGUCUACACACAACAGUUUUCUUCGACGAGAAGCAUACUCCAAAUAAACUCCUUAUAUCGAAAAAAAAAAUCUACGUAAUUGAAUGAAUAUAUUCUUCAAAGAAGCAAAAAUAUUCGAAGUAAGACGUAGUGAUGUAAAUUUAUAAACUUAAAAUUUCAUAAGAACGGCCUGUCAACUGUGCAAAUACCUUGUUCUAUGGAAGCAUCUCUGACCUGACAGUUGGAUUAGCACUUUAACAUAUUUAUCAGAUAGGCAAAAUAAAUAAAAUACCAACUAUGCCGACUAAUUUGUGCAACACGUUAAUACAGCUUUGUUAAUUUUACUACAAUCGAAAAGAAAGAAUAUGUCUAUAGGCAUUUUAAUAAUAUUUUUAUUUUGUGUCCAAUGGUCGAAUGCUAAUGUACUUUGGGAUGCAGUAACGCAAACUUUAUUGGACACAAAAGAACCAAUUUUGAAAUUAAAUAUAAGUAAAAGGUGUGCUUGGCAAGUAGAAGUACUUUAUGAUAAUGUAGAUAUAUUAUACCAAAUGUUGGAUGCCUCGGCCAAGUUUCCGCAUGCUUCCAUUACUGACUUGGGCAGAACUGAACUGGGAGAUUUUGAUCGGUGCUUGGCCAUCGAUUCAACUAUAGACGAAAUAAAAAUUUUGGGGAAAUAUUGUUAUGCUGGAUUGGUACUACCAGAUUUUAAAGAUGUGUCCAACAUUAGUAUAUUUUAUAGACUGGCAACUUGUACACCAAGUGAAUGUACUGCUAGCGAUCUUUUGACCAUUGCCAAUUAUGCAAUUCCUAACUUUCCUCCAAUAUUGAUCGACGAGUUUUGUACGACUAAAGAAACCGGAAAGGAAAUAUCUCUUGGAACUUUUGUUACUAUUGGUCUUUUUAUUUUGGUGCUAUUUUUAAUGGUUGUUAGCACACUCUACGAUUUCUAUUGCAACAAAGUGGGACUCAAAGUCUAUCAUCCUCUAUUAGUAGCGUUUUCAGCAAUUACAAACACAAACAAUAUUCUUAGAGUAUCAUCAAAACCUUCUGAAGAAACAAUACAAAUAUUCAGUGGUUUUAGAAUAAUCAGUGUCACUUGGGUUAUAGCAGCACAUGGUGUUCAAUCUUUUACAACAAUGAUGAUUCCCGCUAUGAAUAUGGAUUAUGCUCUUUCUAGGGUUUACCUGAGGUAUGCCUCAUAUAUAUUUGGUGCUCACCACGCAGUAACAACUUUUUUCUUUAUGAGUGGUUUCUUGGUAGGUUAUCUCUACUUCAAACGAAAAAUUUUGCCUUGGAAGUUGCAGAUAAAAUAUGUCCCUCUGAUGUAUAUUCAUCGAUAUAUUCGAAUAACUGCACCAGUACUAGUGCUCUAUCUAUUGGCGGUGUAUUUAUUUAAACACAUGGGUAAUGGACCAUUAUGGCAGCCUGGAUGUCAAACUGAAAUAAAUAAUUGUAAAACAUACUGGUGGUCUUAUUUUCUUUAUAUCCAAAAUUAUGCUAAUUGGGAUCAACUGUGUAUGAUCCCUCUUUGGUAUUUAUCAGCGGAUAUGCAGCUAUUUAUUCUUGCCCCUUUGGUAUUGAUACCCAUAUCUAUAGUUUUAAAAUCACCAGGUGGAUUUAAAUUAGCAAUGUUAAUCUUAACAGGAUUAAAUUUUUUAUUUUUGUUAAUACAUAUAGCAUCCAAAUUAUUGUUUCCGGAAUACACGAAAAAUACUUUUGAUACACACGGAAGAUUGCCCGACUAUUUUAUAGGCGUUAUGAUGGGAAUAUUCAUGAGAUUCGCUAAAAGUGAACCUUUUUUGGGUAAAUUCAAAGCAAGAUAUGUUUUCAAAUUGAAUCUUCUGAUAUGGAUUUUAGUCUUAGGUCUAAUGUUUGCAGUAUUUGUUUUUACCGAUGAUGGAGAAAUGCAUUUUAACAGAACCAACAAAUCAUUAUAUUACGCCUUAAGUAGAGUCAUUUGGGCUAUUGGACUAUGCUGGAUAGUCUAUUCUUGUUACCAUGGCUAUGGAGUUUUUAGGUACAGUUACCGUCACUAUUUCAAAACCAAUCUUCAACUUAGAGGUAUGUACGUGAACUGUAGACUUUCUAUUUUAAUAGUAUCUAGUUAAAAUUUCCAAAGAAAGCAGUAUAUUUUUUAUAACUGUACUUAAAGGAGUCCAUGUCAUAACUUACUUAGUAACUUGCUAUAAAAAUUCGUUUUGCAUAAUAAUUUUUGAACUUGGGUGGAAAAUAACUACCAGAAACGAUUAACUAUGCAAAAAGCUUUAUUUUAAACAAAAUUUCAUUGUCCAUACUGCCAUAAUUUUUAAAUUAACUGUACCUAAAAGUAAAAAUUUUAGUUAAAAGCUGCAAUCUGGGGAUUUUGUUGAAAUUACAGCAAUAAGUUGGCAUUUUUCUAGUGAUAAAUUAGUUCCGCUGUCACUUAAUAGAUGAGAAGAUGAGUUCACGUGUCAUUUAGUAGAUGGCAGCAGUGAUGUAUUAAAUGGAGACAGAUGCGCGUUUGCCGGAUUUUAAGAAAAUCUACAAACAAUUGAAAACGAGUUUUGUAACCACGGAAAUACGAUGAAUCACGCGGUUUUGUUUAGAAAAGUGGCCCCACCCCCUCCCAGUACGCAUUUUGGACCUUGUUUGACUUUCACUUUCAAUCAUGAUUGUAUAACGUCACAGUGUCUUAACAAU